AUGGUGAACGAAGCCGAGACCAGCGAUCAAAGAAUCAACAUCGAAAGAAGUUUGGAUGCUGACGGAAGCAUUGGAAACGUCUGUGAAAGCAUGGGGUCAAUGGAUCUGGUGCGUCCAUUGCUCUCUUGGGGAUCAACGAGGAGAUAUAACGCGGUCAUCACGACGGUCCCGAAUGCUGCAUUGCUUACACGAUCGCUAUUUGUGAAUACCGUAGCUGACAACAAAUCGAUGAAGAAACGGGGAGUGGGCAGACCAAUCAUUCCAACGGCACUGUUAUUCUCAAGCGAUGCUAACCCACCCGUGAUUCCGUAUGCGGAAGCAACUCGGAAUGCCAGACAAUUGCGAUUAUCAAUCCGUAGACAAAGGAGAGCAGCUCUGUCAUCCACGUCUGUGUCCACAACUGCUAAACGUAAAAAGAAAAUCAAACCAUGUGUCAAGUGGGAUUUGGUGUCAUGCCCAUCGUGUAAAGCAUUACUAUGGAACGCCGAAGCAGUUGGCGGUGGGACCAACCGGUCGAAGAAAGAGUUUAGUCUAUGCUGCCAGAAGGGGCGUGUGAGGCUUCCACCGGUUCGAGAGCCACCGUCACCGUUGCUAGAGCUGUUGGAGUCACCAAAAUUCAGACCACACAUCAGAGUUGCAAACAGUCUGCUUGCAUUCACAUCAAUGGGUGCCCAUAUUGACCAUAGCGUUACUGGAACCCCAGGACCUUUUACCUUCCGUGUCCAUGGCCAGAUAACUCACAGAAUUGGCUCCAUGCUACCCGAAGAUGGUAACGAUCCGCAGUAUUUGCAGCUCUAUAUUUUCGAUACCGAAAACGAGAUCGAGAACAGAAAGAGAGCGAUUACCAAAGGUUCUGCAUCACUAGAACUCGAUGAUGCUAUCAUUGCCCAGUUGAUUGAGAUGCUUGACACUAACAACCACCUAGCCAGGACCUUUAGACAUGCUCGCGACCGCUUCCGCGCCACUGGGACAAUCGAGUUUAGUAUCACAUUAGUCAGUCAUCCAAACAGAGGCCGACAGUAUGAUCUUCCUUCCGCAAGUGAGAUCGGUGGACUGGUGGUUGGAGAUUUAUCUGCGACAACUGUAGGAAGAGACAUUGUGGUCGAGCUUAAAUCUUCGCAGCUGCAAAGAAUAGGUGAUCUCCACCCGUUACUGAUGAGUCUUCAGUAUCCAUUGUUGUUUCCGUACGGGGAAACUGGGUACAACGAACGACUGCCAUACGAAGGGCCGGAAACUUCCACUGUGAAGAGGGAAUUCAUGACGAUGCGAGAGUUUUAUGCUUAUCAAAUCCAGACCAGACCUUCAGAAGGAAUGACAAUUAUUAAGGGAGGAAGAUUACUGCACCAGUAUAUUGUUGACGCAUAUGUGGCUACAGAGACAGAGAGACUGCGGUUCAUCAGUCUGAAUCAAAAGAAGCUGCGGGCAGAUCUAUACAACAAUGUAUGCGACGCAGUUGAAGCCGGUGAUGCUGACCCGGCUCAAAUUGGUAAAAAGGUCAUCCUCCCUUCAUCCUUCACGGCUGGACCUCGGUACAUGGCUGAAAAAUAUCAAGACGCAAUGGCUAUAUGCCGUUGGUAUGGGAACCCUCAUCUCUUCAUCACCGUCACCGCGAACCCAAAUUGGGUGGAGCUCAAAAAUCAUCUUACUGCAUAUGGAGGUGACUCCCCUAAUAGCCGGCCUGACCUCGAGUGUCGACUCUUCAAGCUAAAGCUUGAUGAAAUGAUGGCAGAAUUCAAAAACGGAGUUUACUUCCCUAAACCGGCCGCAGUGGUCUACACCAUAGAAUUUCAGAAGCGAGGUUUGCCCCAUGCCCAUAUCUUAUUAUGGUUAAAAGGAGUAAAAAAGGAGGUUACAGCUGCAAUGAUUGAUGAAUAUAUCUCGGCAGAGUUUCCAGAUAGAGAGCUUGACCCGGAGGGCUUUGAUUUGGUUGAGCGGCAUAUGAUACAUGGUCCGUGUGGCAGGUUACGCCCCAGGUCGCCGUGCAUGGACAAAGGGGAGUGCACUAAGAGUUUCCCAAAACCUUUCUCGGAUCACACAAGAAUUGACAAAUCUGGAUUCGUGGUAUAUAGGAGGAGGGGUGAUUCUGGGUCGUUUGUUGUCAAGGGUGAUAUCAAACUGGAUCAUCGAUAUGUGGUGCCUCAUAAUCUUGCUCUGCUGAAGAAAUACCAAGCCCACAUCAACGUUGAAUGGUGCUGUAGGACAAGUGCAAUCAAAUACCUAUUUAAAUACAUUACCAAAGGCGUUGAUCGUGCUACUGCUCACCUACAGAAAAAGGAAUCUGCAGGCAUCGUGAAUCAGGAGGAAAAGAAAAAAACAAGUAUGGUCAACGAGAUUGACAAGUUUUUGGAAUGCCGCUAUAUAUCGGCUUGCGAAGGUGCAUGGAGAUUAUUUGCUUUCCCAAUACACCAUAACCAGCCUAAUGUUGUUAAGCUUCCAGUACACCUACCAGGGGAGCAUUUGAUGGUCUACGAUGAAUCUGCUGACCUAUCAGAGGUGCUAUGCCGGGAGAAUAUAGAUAAGACGAUGUUAACUGCAUUCUUUGAGGCGUGUGAGAUAUAUGAGGAAGCUAGGGAGCUGACAUACAUUGAGUUCCCCUCCAGGUUCGUAUAUCAGUCAGCCGGGAAACUAUGGGCACCAAGACAACAAGGAGAAGCUAUUGGCCGUGUCGUGUAUGUCAGUCCAACCUCCGGAGAUAGAUACUACUUAAGGAUAUUGUUAAAUGUUGUGAGAGGUCCUAGGAGCUAUUAUGAUUUAUGCAGUGUUGGUGGGGUCUUUUACAAGAAGUGCAAAGACGCGUGCUAUGCCAGAGGUUUACUCAAUGAUGAUAAAGAGUGGCAUGAAGCAAUAGAAGAGCCAUCUUACUGGGCGACUGGACGUCAGCUGAGAAGAUUAUUUGUACUUAUACUGGUAUACUGUCAGGUUAUAAGCCCUCUAAAGCUGUGGGAGCAUUCAUGGAAGUUUUUAGCUGAGGACAUACUCUACAUGAAACGUAAGGAGUUUCGAUUUCCAGAGCUUGAAUUAGAGGACGAGCAGUUGAAGCAGUAUACUCUGAUCGAGGUCGAGAGACAUCUAAAAGAGCAUAACCAGACGUUAGAAGACUACGAUGAGAUGCCUAAGCCAGAUAAAUCCAUAAUAUCAGAGUUGAACAACCCGGAGUUGCGGCAAGAGUUACUUUACGACGUCAAGAAGGAGGCUGAAACGCAUCGUGAGUUGUUUAGCGCCCUCAAUCAGGAUCAGCGCACAGUGUAUGAUGCAGUUCUCAAGUCAGUUGAAGAAGGAUUAGGGCAACUGUUCUUUGUGUAUGGUCCAGGAGGAACUGGUAAAACGUACCUGUACAGGACCAUCAUCGCACGGAUCAGGUCAGUAGGCAAAGUAGUUAUACCGGUUGCAACCGCCGGUAUCGCGGCAUUGCUUCUUCCAGGUGGGAGAACAGCCCACUCACGGUUUAAACUACCACUGGCACUGGAUGAUAGUUCGAUGUGUAAUAUACACAAAGGGUCUAGCUUGGCUGAAUUAAUAUGCAAGGCGGACCUAAUAAUAUGGGACGAGGCUCCGAUGGCGCAUAGACACACGUUUGAAACACUAGACCGUUCUCUCAGAGAUUUGUUAUCGCACGCAGAUCCCGAGGCAGCCACAAAGCCUUUUGGUGGCAAGACGGUGCUUCUUGGGGGCGAUUUUAGACAAAUUCUACCGGUCAUCCCACACGGGAAACGUCCGGAUACGGUUCUCGCGUCCAUUAGCAAGUCGUAUAUUUGGAAAAUGGCACGAGUCUAUUCACUGUCAAUAAACAUGAGGCUGCGGCAGGAGGACAAAGACUUUGCAGAAUGGCUCUUGCAAGUAGGAAAUGGGGAAGCGGAAACAGUGUCAUCAUAUAAAUCAAAGCAUGAAGAAGGUAGUCAGAUUUUUGUGGACAAGAGCUUAUUACUACCUCGCUCUGAAACUCCACAUGAAGCUUUGGCAGAUGCUGCAUAUCCAAACUUCCUCCAGAACUACCGAAACAAAGAGUACCUGAAGGAAAGAGCCGUCUUGACACCGACAAAUAAUACCGUACAUGAGAUCAACGCUUAUCUACUCUCUAAGAUCCCAUCACAUGCUAGGGAGUAUUUGAGCUCAGAUUCCAUCGAUUUUGAGGCCACACCAGCUGAUGAUUGGACCAGCCAUUACCCACCUGAAUAUCUCAAUUCACUAGAAUUUCCAGGACUUCCGAAUCACCGGCUGUGCUUGAAAGUAGGGGCACCAGUUAUGAUGCUGCGCAAUCUUAACCAGGAUCUAGGUUUGUGCAAUGGUACAAGGAUGAUGGUCACCCGGCUAGGUAGCAGGAUUGUUCAAGCUGAGAUCAUGACUGGCACAGAAGUUGGUGAGCAGGUUUUGAUUCCUAGGAUUCAGCUAACACCCACAGAUACCAUCCAUCCAUUCACUUUCAACCGUCGGCAAUUCCCGAUCAGGCUGUGCUAUGCCAUGACCAUAAACAAGAGCCAGGGGCAGAGCCUAAAUAAUGUCGCUCUAUAUCUUCCCCGCCCUGUGUUUACUCAUGGUCAACUAUAUGUGGCCAUGUCUAGGGUCACGUCUCCAAAUGGGCUUAAGAUAUUAGACGAGACUUCCGAUGCGGACGGUAAAGAUGGAGUGACCAAUAUUGUCUACAGGGAAAUCUUCAAUGACAUCCAAGUGACACAGCUCUGCAAAAAUAAUAUGAUUAUCAGAAUGUUUGGAUUCAGCUUUUACGACCAUUGA